CCAGUGAGAGACUUAAGAUGGAGGAGGUCAUCGCAGGGCUGGAAGGGUUCACGUUCGCGUUCGAGCAGGAUGUGGAAUUGCAGAAGGGGACUGGGCUCCUGCCUUUCCAGGGCAUGGACAAGUCCAGCUCAGCUGUAUGCAACUUCUUCGCUAAAGGGCUCUGUGAGAAAGGGAUGCUGUGCCCGCUUCGGCACGAGAAGGGCAAGAAGAUGGUGGUGUGCAAACACUGGCUUCGAGGGCUCUGCCGAAAGGCUGACAGCUGUAAAUUCCUACACCAGUAUGACAUCACCAGGAUGCCGGUUUGCUACUUCCACUCAAAGUUCGGUAACUGCAGCAACAAAGACUGCUUCUUCCUCCAUGUGCAGCCAAGUCCCAAGCCCCAGAACUGCCCUUGGUAUGACCAAGGAUUCUGCAAGGAUGGUCCCUGGUGUAAAUACCGCCAUGUCCAUCAAGUCCUGUGUCUCAACUACUUCACGGGUUUCUGCCCCAGGGGACCUAAGUGCCAAUUUGGGCAUCCCAAGAUGAGCCCAGUACUGCACCCCAGUAAUGUGAAGCUUGUCAACCAGCCCAGGGAUGGAACAGCUCCAGCUUCCUUUGGCAACACUCUAGCAGCCCCUUCCCUGGCGAGGUUCAUGGUCUACCAGAAGAGGGGGGCCCUGCCUCCUGCCUGCGGCUCAAGCGUCCCACAUGCCCCAUAG